ACUUCUAGGUAUAAUAUGCUUCAUCAAAAAAUUGUUCGAGCUGUCUGGAAGAACUCUUCGCUGUUCGGUGUUAAUGCUCGAUGUUAUUCGACUAAUGAUAUAGAUUUGGUAGUUAUUGGAGCUGGUCCGGGUGGUUAUGUAGCGGCAAUCAAAGCAGCGCAGUUGGGCAUGAAAACAGUAUGUGUAGAAAAAAAUCCAAAAUUAGGAGGUACUUGUUUGAAUGUCGGAUGCAUACCAUCGAAGUCUUUGUUGAAUAACUCAUUGUAUUAUCAUAUGGCCAAACACGGUGAAUUCAAUAGUCGAGGUGUUGAGGUUGAGCCGAAACUGAAUUUGGACAAAAUGAUGGCUGCAAAAGCAGCAUCAGUGAAGGCUUUAACGAGUGGUAUAGAGAUGCUGUUUAAAGCGAACAAAGUAAAGUCGGUCAGUGGAAUAGCGACGAUUACAGGCAAAAACGAAGUCACUGUGAAACUUGCUGCAGGUGGCGACGAGAAAUUCAUAACACGUAAUAUACUUAUUGCAUCGGGUUCCGAAGUUACUCCUUUCCCAGCGUUGUCUAUCAAUGAAGAACAGAUCGUUUCUUCAACAGGUGCAUUGAGUUUGAAGAAGGUGCCGAAAAAAAUGAUUGUGAUAGGUGCAGGUGUUAUCGGUACUGAACUGGGAAGUGUGUGGCAACGAUUAGGAGCUGAUGUAACUGUUGUUGAAUUCCUUGGACAUGCUGGUGGAAUGAAUAUCGAUAUGGAAGUGGCAAAAAUUUUCCAAAGGACGCUUGCAAAACAAGGAUUGAAAUUCAUGAUGAAUACGAAGGUAACAGGAGGGAAAAAAGAAGGUGAUUUGAUUAAAAUAAAUGUAGAAAGUGCAAAAGGUGGAAAUCCGCAAACGUUGGAAGCAGAUACUGUUCUUGUUGCAAUUGGCCGACGACCAUAUACGGAAGGACUGGGAAUUGAAAACGUUGGCAUAAAAUUGGAUUCAAAGGGGCGCGUACCAGUCAGUGAACGUUUCCAAACCUCCGUUCCAUCAAUAUUUGCAGUUGGUGAUGUAAUUGCUGGGCCGAUGUUGGCACAUAAAGCGGAAGAUGAAGGAAUUUUAUGCGUUGAAGGUAUAGCAGGUGGAACAACACACUUGGAUUACAACUGCAUCCCCUCGGUAGUUUAUACGCAUCCUGAAGUUGCAUGGGUCGGCAAAUCCGAAGAACAGUUGAAGAGUGAAAAUGUGGAAUACAAAGUUGGCAAAUUCCCAUUCAUGGCAAAUUCGCGUGCUAAAACGAAUAAUGAUGCGGAAGGAUUUGUAAAGGUUUUAGGAGACAAAGAGACGGAUAAAAUAUUGGGAGUUCAUAUCAUUGGGCCGAAUGCUGGUGAGAUGAUUGCGGAGGCAACUUUGGCAUUGGAAUACGGAGCAUCCUGUGAAGAUGUUGCUCGAGUUUGUCAUCCACAUCCUACACUGUCAGAAGCGUUCCGUGAAGCAAAUUUGCAAGCAUUUUGUGGCAAAGCUAUCAAUAAUGUUUGAAAGUGGUAUCUUGUUCCUCUGUUCUCUGUUUUCUGUGUUCUUUUUUCUUCCAUCAGUAUAAAUUUUCAAUGAUCUUCAUGCAAUAAAUUAAUUUUUAGUUUUUUGAGAAUUAAAUCUUUUCGUUAAUUUAUCUCAGUUUUGUUUCCUUCAUUUUUGUAUUGAUUAUCUCUGUACGCACAAAGAAAUUUUCAUCGGAGUUAGUGCAAUAAUAAUAACUUAUGCUGCGUGUAGCAUAAAAAUUAUUCAACCUUGCUGUUGAAUGUGAUACAUGCAUUUCUUAUCAUGGAACUCUGAAUUGUUUUCCUUCUCUCUGGCUCUUUCCACUUAUUUUCUGAAUUCAUUAUUCCGUCUAAAGGUGCUGACCAAUCCGAAAGGGUUUUCCCUUCAGAUUCUUUGACAUGCUCACCUUUUCAUAUCGAUUUCCUUGUAAACAUGAUCGUUUUCAUUUAUGUCUCGUUAUCAUUUUCGAAUUCCUCAUUUCUAAUUUGUGGAGAUCUUAGAAAUAAAGUGAUUUAAAUAAUGUGUAGGUUUCUUUUAAAACAGUAUUAAUUUCUGCACUUAUAAAGAAGGAG